CACACAGUUUUAUACCGACGCAUCUACUGUUUGCAUUUGGUUUCGUGAGGCGAGAAGAAAAAAUAUUUUUUUUCAUAAAAACGUAAUCGUUUUAAAUAUUGCAGUGGACUUCCCAGUGUCUAUAUUACAUCCGUCACUCUCCGUAUAAGAGAAAUACUGAUAUCCUUCCACUUUUAAUCCAUUUCAUCCCCUCUUCUGCUAUUCGCAUCAAAAUUUCAUAUAAAAGAUGCAGGUGUAGUUCUGUGUGCUUCAAUGUGAACAUCAGCCACAUCAUGGACGGACAUGGCAGAACUUUGCUCCUGCUCCAAAUAUUUUUCUGUUUCUUUGUCUUCGCUUCGACUGACGAGACUAAACAGGUGAAACGAGUCUCACAGAAAGAAAUUGAAGAUUGUUCUCAGGUACAGUGCCCAGGACCACUGACGUACUACGAUGAUGUGGGAUGCACUCCCGUGUACAAGAACAAAGGAGAUUGUUGUGCCUGCAAAUACAAUUGUGACCAUCUAAAUGCUAGAUCACGUAAUAAGUGUUACGUUAGGCGUAACAGCUAUGAAUUUGGAGAACGUCUCAGGCCCGAAGAUAAGAAUCCAUGCAACGUAGGAUGUUUCUGCAAGAACGGAACAAAUUCAGGUCGUUUCGUAUGCGCCAUCGUGGACUGUUAUCACGGUCCUAUUGACACAGGUUGUUACAUGAAACGUAACAUAAGCCAGUGUUGUCCAGGACCGUUGACUUGUCCUAAAAAUGAAUCGGAGAUUCCAAAGUGCGUUGUGGAUGGUGUAACGUACAAGGAUGGGGAAUUCUUCAUACCAAAGAAUGAGCCACGGAAAAGGUGCACGUGUCGGGAAGGCUAUACAGGUCAAAAUAUUAAGCCAUUCUGCAUAACGCCGAGCACCACGUGUAGUACUGAUUUGUAUCACAGUCAGGAUAUUGCCAAGAAAUGUAUUCCAAUAUAUUACGCUGAUCAAAAUCCUGCUACCAAUUGUAGUUCAUCUUGGCGAUGUCAAAACGCGAACGAUACUGUAAUACCGAAUCCAAGUGGAUCCCCAUCCUGUGGAGAAGACUGUCCCGGCAAAAAAAGAUAUGACCUGCAAAUUCGGUAACUUGACCAUGAAUCUUGGGGACGAACUUAAUCAAGGUACAGAUUACACUUCAGUCUGCGUGAGAUGCGUCUGCGAAGUGCCACCUACACCAACGUGUCGACGCCUUAGUGACUGCAACCUUACUGCGGGUAGAAAUUAACUCUUAAAAUAUAUACAUUAGUAAGGAAGAACUUGAAGUAGACUUGUUAAUCACACAUUACUGAGCUACUAAUAUUAAUAUUUAUUAUACGCCAAAGAUCGUGUUCGUAACAAUCUGUAUAAAAUUAAAGAAUAUCAAAACAUAAACAAGAAAGAAA